AUGGCGGCGGCCAUGAGGGCGGGCGCGGCGCGGCUGGGGCCCAGGCUCUGCUGGAAGGCUGCAGAGGCUGUGCUGUGUCCUGCUGGGGCUGCCCCAGCCUGCCUUGUCGUCCCGGUGAGGACCAAGAGGAAACGCUGCCGUGUGCCAGAGUGGGCCAGGGAGCUGAGCCCUGAGCAGAAGGAGCAGAGGCUCAGGUCCUCAGGGUUCAUCCUGCCUGAGGAGCGUGUGGAGAGGAGCUUCUACCUGGCCUCCACAGCGGCCAUCGCAGACCCCUACGUGCCGCCCGAGGGGGACGCUCGCCACAGCGCCCUCUCCAGGCCCGGCCUGGGGCAGCAGCUGGAGCAGCUGAAGCACAGCGCUGCCUCCCGGCUGGCGCUGAGGAAGAUCAAAGACCAUGAUCCCAACUUCAGCCCCAAGGCCUUCCCAGAGCAGGCUCUGGAGAUCUUCAUUGAGGCUCACAACUGCCUGAGCAACUUCAACAAGCAGAAGCUUCACUCCCUGGUCACAGAGCGCUGCUACCCGGAGCUGGUCCGAGGCAACAGGUACAGGACCAUCAGGUGGAGCUUCCUGGGGUCCCUGCAGCCCCCCCGGGUGGUGCAGCUGCGCUGCCACAGCCUGGUCAGCAAAGGCAACCUCUACGGCCAGGUGACCGUCAGGAUGCACAGCAGACAGGUCCUGGCCAUCUAUGACCGCUUUGGGCGCCUGAUGUAUGGGGGGGAGGAGACCCCCAGGGAUGUGUUGGAGUAUGUGGUGUUUGAGAGGCACUUGGUCAACCCUUAUGGCACCUGGAGGAUGCAUGGCAAGGUUGUGCCAGCCUGGGCCCCACCCAAGGGCCCUAUCAUCAAGACUGUGAUGAUUCCUGGCCCAGCCUUGGAUCCCUCUCAGGAGCAUGAAGCAGCAAAGUAGGAAGCUCAGAGCCUGCCCCAGGGCAGGGCAGGCAGCCCUGGAGGGGAGAUGGCAGCAGGGGAAGCAGCUUGGAUGUGGCUCUGCCUUGCCAGGGAGCAGUCCCCAACCCCAGGAGGCCUCAGGAGUGGCCUUCAGUCAGUGAGAAGCUGGCUGUGAGUGGAGCAGGAGAGGCCUGGGGGGGCUUCAGCUGAGCUCUGAGCCCACCCUGCCUCUCCCCAGGCAGCCUGGCUGUGCUGCAGCCUCAGGCUCUCUGC